UUGAUCGUCGUUUGCUCUUCCAGAUUCUCAAGUCGUAGGUAGGUCUUCGAAUUUAACAGCUUACUUAAUCUCUUAUUUGAAUUAAUCUUUCCGUCUCUUUUUUCUAUCUCUUUUUUCUUUUAAUUAAAUCAUGGAUUUGAAAUUGGAUAAUUUUCUGUAAUUGUUUGUAUGUAAGUGUUAAAUUUGUGUGCUAAAAAUUUCUUUGAUGUUGUUUCACUCGAGCUUAGGCUGUAAAUGAGCUAGUUUACUCAGUUUUUGAUUAAAGAAUUUACAUCAUUAUUAUUGCUGAGGGAAAAAAAAUUUCUGCCAUAGUUUUGCUCUCAGCUCUCUUUGGGCAUGCUUUAAAAGGAUUACCAUGGUCACCAGGUUUUAGCGUUUAAGUUCACAGUUGGUUAUUUUUACUUGCAUUUGUUUUUGGUUUGGUUUUAGCUUUUAGAAAUGUUAUUCCUUAUUAUGGCUUAUAUAGAGACAAAUGUAAUUUUGGAGCACUGUUUGGUUUUGCCUUGUUUAAGCUGAUGGAUAUUUUUUUGCUUUGGUUUAGGGGUUUUAGCUUGCCGUUUUCAUUAUGGAAGAGUCAGAAAAGAGGAGAGAAAGGCUGAAAGCGAUGCGAAUGGAAGCUGCUCAGGGUAGGGAUAAAACUGAUGCUGAAGGGUAUUCUGUGGGUGCAUCUAACAGUCUUGGCAACCCAUUGGCUGAAGCCCCAGUGGCUCCGUCUGUGCAUGGCGAGCCAAGUGUAGCUCGUAGAUUUGACUUUUACACCGACCCUAUGUCGGCAUUCUCAGGAAACAAGAGCCAGGGCAAGGUCAGCCAUCAAAAUUCACCAGACUAUUUGACGGCUCCAAGACCGAGGAAUGUUGACAGUUUUCCAGCCUAUCAGAACCAAGCCAUGUAUCCUCCGGAUCCGAGAAUGUUCCAAGCCCCUGGAUUCCAUCGCAACCCCUGCCCUUCUGGACCCUCAAGAGGGCCGCCAAGUACAUUUGGCAUAUCACAACAAGAUAACAUGAAUGUUGCACCUGGAACCUAUGGCUUCCCGUCCAAUAUGUCCAGAGGUGGUCAUUUUCCAAGGCCCGACUUUGUUCCAAGAGGUAGUCCUAGUUUCAAUUAUGGUGAAAGCAGAGGGUAUGGAAUCAACAAUAGUCCCCAGACUGGGUUUGGUAACUGGAGUAGGCCAUAUCCUCAUCCAGGAAGAGGCAGAACCCAGUGGUAUGGUGGUAAUAAUUCUCAAACUGGGUCUUCUGGCCCUUACCAUCAGUCCGGAAGAGGUAGAGGUUAUAGGCAGGGGAACAACAAUUCAGGUUCAAUGCAUACUGGUAGGAGAACAAGCUCUCAUGAGAAUGUGUCUGCUGAGAUAAGACCUGAUUUAUAUUAUGAUAAAUCCAUGGUAGAAGACCCAUGGGAGACACUAAAACCUGUUGUUCGGAGAAGAGGUGGUCGUACAAGUUUGGAGAAACCUAACUCCCCAGAAUCAUGGGUGCCAAAAUCCAUUACUUCCAAGAAAGCCAGAGUUUCAGAAGCAUCAACAACGUAUUCUGAUGGCAAAAGUUUAGCCGAAGAGCUAGCUGCCUCGUUCCAUGCAGCAGCAGCUUACGAACCUCAUGAUGAUAAUGCUUAA